AUGUCAAUAUCAGUUGACAGUAAUAAUAUUAGUUUUGUUAACGAUUUGAAUCCUGCUAAGGAUAUGUGGAACAUGAAGGCGAGAAUUAUACGAAAAUGGAAUCAGGGUUACAAAAUGGAGAUCAUCUUCAUUGAUGAGAAGGGUGCUAAGAUUCAAGGAGGUAUUAAGAGUCAUCUGAUACCUAUUUUUGAUGGGCAGCUGCAAGAAGAUGCUGUUGUGAUUCUUUCGAAGUUUGGUGUUGGUGAGAAUAAAGAUUUAUAUAAAGUAGUAGUGCAGCCUUAUAAAAUCAACUUUUAUAGAUGCACAACUGUUACUCGUGUGAGAGAUUGGCAAGGUGUUGAGUAUGGUUUCAAUUUCAGAGCUUAUGAAGAUAUUCUUCAAGGAGAGGCGUUAAACGCUUUGAGUGUUGAUGUUGCUGGAUCUGUGAUUUCUUGUGGAGAUCUUGAAAUCUUUGAUCGACCUCCAAAGGAGACUAAGAAGUUGAAUUUCGAUAUUGAAGAUUUGGAGUAA